ACUGUCAAAGCGAACCGGUUUUACCCUGGACUUUUAUUCUGAAAAUAUUCCACCGGAAGCCAAGCUGGUCUCCGCUAACCGGAAACAACUCGCUGUCGCCGCGUGUGUUGCAGGUGAGCGCCUGAUCAGUCGCAUCCAUACCUGUGCCUGGACAGAAGCAGAUCCUUCCCUCCUCAGGAUGUCCUCUCAGGGAGAAGAGUCUGCAGAGCAGACCUCCAGCACGGUGGAAGCGCCCACCCCCGCCGAGGCUGAUCCCACCAGUGGGGGCCUCAUCACCGUCACCAUCGGAGCCACCGUGCCCACCGGGUUCGAGCACACCGCUGCAGAGGAGGUCAAGGAGAAGAUCGGGGUCGAUGCGCGAAUCAGCAAAGAUCGAGGCCGCAUAUAUUUUCCCAUCACCACCGACAAACUCUCCCAGGUUCAUCUUUUGUGUUCUGUAGACAAUCUGUUUGUUGUGGUUGAAGAAUAUGAUCAUUACCAGUUUAAAGAAUCUAAGGAGGAGACGCUGAACGAGCUGCAGGAGCUUGCCUCCAAACUUCCCUGGACUAAUGCUCUCGAGGUCUGGAGACUUAACAGAACCCUAAAAAAGAGGAAAGGCCACCGGAAAGGCGGAAACGCCACAAGAGCAAAAUCUAACGCCGAGUUCAGUGAUGUGGCUGCUGCUGCUGAAGCUGAAGGAGCUGAAAGAGCGCAGCCCGAGUUACCUCAGGAGACGUCUCCAGCCGACAGCGGCACACAGGCUGAGAUCACGGCGGACUCAGAAAUGUGCCAGCAGGACUCGCAGGAGACUGCAGCCGAGGCCAAAGUCAUCAAGUUCCGUGUGACGUGCAACAGAGCCGGUGACAGACACAGCUUUUCUUCCAACGAGGCAGCCAGAGACUUCGGCGGGGCGGUGCAGGAAUUCUUCCAGUGGAAAGCAGAUAUGACAAAGUUUGACAUAGAGGUUUUACUCAACAUACAUAACGAGGAGGUGGUGAUUGGGAUUGCUCUCACCGAGGAGAGUCUUCACAGGAGGAACAUCAGUCACUUUGGACCCACCACUCUGCGAUCUACCUUGUGCUACGGCAUGCUCAGGUUGUGUAAACCUCAGGCCUCUGAUGUAAUCCUUGAUCCAAUGUGUGGGACCGGAGCCAUACCGCUGGAGGGCGCUAUUGAAUUCAGCGAGUCUUUCUACAUCGCUGGCGACAACAAUGACAUGGCAGUGAACCGCACGGUCAACAACAUUUGUCACAUCCAGAAAAGGAGGGCGGACAAAGGAAGCCCAUCUGGAUUACCUAUUGACACAGUGCAGUGGGAUCUGAGCAAUUUACCCGUACGGACCAGUUCUGUGGACAUCAUCAUCACGGACAUGCCCUUUGGGAAGAGAAUGGGCUCGAGGAAGAAGAACUGGGACUUGUACCCAUCUUGUCUCAGAGAAAUGGCUCGUGUUUGCAGACCAGGCUCAGGAAAGGCUGUGCUCCUGACCCAAGACAAAAAGUGUUUUGCAAAGGCCGUUUCAAGAAUGGGAGGACUGUGGAGGAAGCUGCACACUGUUUGGGUGAACGUCGGAGGUUUACAUGCCGGGGUCUACCUCCUCAAGCGGACCGCCGCCGUGUUUGGCCAAACUCCGGAGGACGUCUAUGAGUCAAGAGGGAAGGGUGACGCACAGACGAACGAGAGGGAUGACAAAGGACUCGAUUAACUUCAAUGUUCAAGUGGUCCAGUAAUGGGAGAUGUUGAGAUAUUAGGCUUACUUGACCUCAAUUCUCAUCAAGCAUGCCAAACUGUUUUUUGUUUUUUUGGUAGAUUGGAAAAGCUUUUAUGUUCAACGCAGUGAAACGGUUUUAUUUGCAAUAAUUUUUUGUAUUUAUUUUGCCGUGUUCAGAACGAACCGAGGUUGACUUCAUCAGAUUCGAUGUUGAUGAAGGACCUGCAGUUUGUCACUUCAUUAAUAAAGAUCCAUUCAUGUUGCUGGUUUAAGUUCAGUAAUUCGUC